AUGACCUGCUUCAGAAUAGCUAGGUCUUCCCAAGAUGAAGAAUUACACCUCGCUGUUGGCAUCAAGAACAACACCAUCCAGCUUCUAGACAGAAGAGGAAAAACAUGGUCUAUUUCGAAGUUUGUUAUCUGUGAAGAUGGUAGUGGUAGCCCAGCCAGAUCAAGAGAGGAAUUGUACGAGGAAUAUCUUGAGUGCUUUAGGGAAAAAAUCAAUACCUUUAAUAUCAACACAGUCACCGACGACGAAAAGGUAUCUUGGGCCCACUACCUUGAAUUAGUCUGGCUACACGGGGCUCGCCAAACAGCUCGAAGAUAUCGACCAGAGCUUGAAACAAUGUUCGAUUCUCGGAACAAUAAAGAUUAUCCUCGAUUUAAUCCCGAAGUCGAUUCUGUAGAUGCAUCCAGCAUGUUUCGACCUCGAACACUAGCCUUCGGAGAACAAGCAUUUCUCACCGCUAUCUAUCCAUAG